UAAGAGAUACUCCUCUCUCCCCGUGCUUAAUCCAGCUCCGUUACACCAAGUAUAGAAGGGAGACAGCUCUGUCCUACUUUUAAUACCGUGCCGAGGGCCCGCGGUGGCGACAGCAAACGAGGGGAAGGCCCUGUGCCGGCAACUGCCUGGGGCCGAAGUGUGGUUGUGUGUGCCUCAUACAGAAGCUGGUCUGAGAACCGGGGAGGAGCGUCUGGAUUUAGGACACAACCGUUGGGCCAGGGGGAGCUCCUCCGGGACGGCACAGGAUGGAGAAGGACGGAGGUUCUUGCAACGCUCAUGAUACUGGAGGGGGAGGAGAAGCUCCCGUGGAACGGAAAGAAGAGGCUAAAGCUGGUCUUGAACCAGGACAGGCUGUAACGGGAGGCCAGAGCCCAAGUAAUGCAAAAGGAGUGGAAGAGAGCCAAGUCCACGCUGAAGAGCCAAGCCACGCUGGUGCAGGAGGAGAGAGCUCCGCUGGUACCAAAGCAGUGGAGAAGGGCCAAGUCCCCGCUGAAGAGCCAAGCCAUGCUGGUGCAGGAGGAGAGAGCUCAGUCGACGCCAAAGCAGUGGAGAAGGGCCAGGUCCCCGCUGAAGAGCCAAGCCACGCUGGUGCAGGAGGAGAGAGCUCAGUCGACGCCAAAGCAGUGGAGAAGGGCCAAGUCCAUGCUGAAGAGCCAAGCCACGGUGGUGCAGGAGGAGAGAGCGCAGGUGACACUGUGGGGGCGAAAGAGAAUCGAGCCCAAAAGAAGCAACCCCAGCUCCAACCAAGCUUUAGCUGCCCACCGACCCUGGAAAGGCCUGAAGUUGUUCCUGAGGCACCUCCAGCCCGUCCUGGACCCCCAAAUCCUCCCGAGGCCGCUGCUUCCCCUGCCGCAGAGGGUCUGCCUCUGGAAGAACCAAAGUCAGCGGAGGUCCCUGGCUUGACAGAGGGACUGACAGAAGAGACGCCCAGGCCAGCUGAAAAAGAGGCGGACAGGACAUUGGCUCCAGAGGACUCAAGCAAGGCCAAGGCUGCGAUCCCCACAGAGGAGCCCAGUCCGGCCGCUCAGCUGCCUUCCAAAACAGGAGAGGACGCAGCAAACCCAGUUCCUGGAGCCGAGGCCCUGCUCAGUCCCUUCCUCACUCCGGACUUUGGCAAAGAGGACCCGUCCCAGAUCUUGGAUGACACGCCUCCCCCACCCGCGCCAUUCACCCACCGUGUUGUAAAGCUGAGAACGGUGGACUUCAAGGAGAUCUACAGCGUCAACACCAAAGAGACACUCGGAGGUAUCCAGGGGGCGGUGGAAAUCGAUGUGAUGAACCAGUUGAAUCACCGGAACCUGAUCCAGCUGUACGACGCCAUCGAGACGCCCAGAGACAUCAUGCUCGUCAUGGAGUUCGUGGAAGGCGGGGAGCUCUUUGAGCGGAUCAUUGACGAGGACUACCAGCUGACCGAGGUGGAUUGCAUGGUCUUCGUGAGGCAGAUCUGCGACGGGAUCCUCUUCAUGCACCAGAUGGGCGUGCUGCACCUGGACCUCAAGCCGGAAAACAUCCUCUGUGUGACGGCCACCGGUCACAUGGUGAAGAUCAUUGACUUUGGACUUGCCCGAAGGUUCAAUCCCACUGAGAAGCUCAAGGUGAACUUUGGCACCCCUGAGUUCCUGUCGCCAGAAGUGGUCAGCUACGAGCAAGUAACUACACUGACGGACAUGUGGAGGCUGGGGGUGAUUGCAUACAUGCUGCUGAGCGGGCUCUCCCCUUUCUUGGGAGACAACGACACGGAAACCCUGAACAACGUUCUGGCGUCCAACUGGUAUUUUGACGAGGAAGCCUUUGAGGGCAUCUCCGAGGAAGCCAAGGACUUCGUCUCCCAUUUGAUCAUCAAGGAGAAAAGCAAGCGUUUGAAUGCCGCACAGUGUCUCCAGCACCCCUGGCUCAACAACCUGGCGGAAAAGGCCAAACGGGUCAACCGGCGAUUAAAAUCCCAGGUCCUGCUCCGGAAAUACGUCAUGCGGAGGCGCUGGAAGAAAAACUUCAUUGGCGUUUGCGCUGCUAACCGAUUCAAGAAGAUCACCAGCUCAGGGGCCCUGACCGCCCUGGGGGUCUGAGCACGGGGGUGGUGGUGGUCCUGGAACUGGGUGGAGACUGAGCGACACUUGAAUGGAAGGGAGAAGACCUGCGAGGGGGGAACUCGAACUGUGUGCCAUGUCCCGCAACCUGGGAACUGCCUCCCCAAAGGGAACGGAGCCCGCCACGGAUGACAGGCCGCUUCCUGCAGCGUCCCAGAGAACUUGGAGGAGGGGGUGAAGGGCUGGUUGUGCCCGUUGUUGAAGGUUUGCUCCGUCUCUUGUCCGAGAGCCCUCCCCCCAGCUCUGCUGACAUGAGCCUCGUUCUCCGGCUGAACUGCACUCGGGACGCGCUGCUGCCGAUCAGGUCCCGCUUCUGGACCCGACUCUCCUCACGCCCCUGCUGCCGAGAGAGUCACUUCUGCAUACCUCACUGAGUGCCAGACAGAACGAUGGCUGCCCCACCCACAACACAGUCCCAGAUCCAGUCUUGGCUCAUGUCUCCUUUUUGCCUCCGGCCCCGCGGUCGAAAGCGCCCCCCCCCCGCGCGCGACUUCGCCGCUCUGCGUUUCCCCUUGUGACCAGUCUGUCUCGAUAGGCCUCUGGCUGGUACCGACUGGGAUCUCUUCUUGCAUUGCUGCUGCUGGGUUUUUCUUCCUCUGAAAUGUCCGCUCCCUUCUGCUGCGGGAGAGGGCUCGCCUUGAGCUAGGGGCCUUUGCUUUCCUCUGGCCGCUGCCCAAAGUGGCUGUACGGGUUUUAUCGUGUUAGACUAGACCCAGGGCUAUUUUUGGGCAGGAACGCACAGGAACGGAGUUCCGGCUGGCUCCCGAGUUGGCC